AAGUGUUGCAGUGAAUCUCCACUCCCUUUGCACUGUGAGACUGAACUCACAUUCAGUUGCCCGCCGGGCUGAGUUUAGCCACACAAGGCUGGCAUUCCCUCCUUGCUGGGCAGGCAGUCACGAGCUGCAUGAAGCCACGCUGACGUCUGUCCUGGCCUGUGCUGGCUGUACCUGGAAACGUUGGGGUUUUCUGGACUUCAGGGCCACGUGCCUGAAUCCAAUCCCAGUUCUCCUGGAAGCAGAGCUGUUGGUCAGACCUGCUGGCACGAGAAACUAGACAUGGCAGUGAGAUGGGGCCGAUGAGCUGUCAGUGUCAGAGUCAGAGAUGCUUUUGGAGUUCCACGCACAACUCACACCAUUCCCUGUUUCCUCUCUCCAGACCAAGUCCACUGGGCAGGAUGAAGGAAUCACCAGCUGGCUGUUGGUGUUCCUGCUUCAGCCUGGGGAAACCAUCCUCUGUGGCCAAAGACCAACGGCAGCACCAUCCCAGGGAGCCCUCAGAGACAGACAUUGUAGUCCUGGCAGGUGAUUCGAGCUCUUGUCAACCCAGAUGUGCCAGAGCAAGUAGCGAUGCUGGGCUGUGUGCUUCCACCAAUGGAGAGCUGUUAGGAAGCACAAAUGGCUGCGGUUCAGAUGACAGCCUGCCGCAUAACAACAGUGAUGGAGAGAAGGAGCUCAUCCAAGUUGAAGCCCUCAUUUCUCCCGACUCUGCUGAAGAUGCUGACCUGAGCCUGCCAGACACCACAGGCACCAGCCUGGACUGUGACCCGGUGCCUCUGCAGUGCAGCCCAGCCCAAGCACAGCCUCAGUGCCCCAACAGCAGCACCUCUGUGCAGGAGCAGGUCAGCAGCAGCGAGGAGAAGCCGUGCCUCUUGGAGGGGGACUUAGAAUCAGGCCUCCAGUCCCAGGCACUGUGCAGCGGCUCUGAGAGCUCUGAGCCGCUCUCUCUGUGACCUUUCCACCCAAGAGAGAACGAUUCCCAUUUUUACCUGGACCUCUCACGCCCUCCUGUCUUUUCCUUUAAUAAUAAAAGCACUCUUGUGCUCACUCAACGCCUUGAAUGCCUGU